AUGCCCAGUCUUGUCCCUCUUCUUCUCCUCCUCCUCCUCUUCCUCCUCCGCCUCCUCCUUUUAGUCCUGCAUGCUGCCCUUCUCGGUGUCUUCUUCCGCCUGUAUGCAGCCAGUGGAUUGAUUCAAAGAACUGACCCCGACGCGCGGUCCUUGUCAAAACGUCGCCGCUAUAUAUUUGGGUUUGACAUUGAAGAAGUGGAGGCAGAAAUAUGUCGCGGUCGUCGGCUUCGCUGUCGUUACUGUGGCAAUCCCGGAGCCUGUGUCGGUUGCACCAAAAGAACGUGUCCAUACUCUUUCCAUCUCCCGUGCCUUUACGACUCUAAAGGCUUUGUUUGUUUCAAAAAGUCAUUUGAAGCCUUUUGUUACAAGCACUGUCCAAAACAGGAUCUCUUGCCACGCUUGCUUGAAUGUGGAGAUGACCCGCCUAUUUGUUGCAUCUGUUUGUUCAGUGUCAUUCCCGAUGAUGACAGCGAAAAAAACAGCGCCUCUGUAAAUAAAUGCUCUAAGGCGUCCGCAGUUCUUCGUAACUAUGCGUCUUCCUUGGAUCAAGAUCUUGUACACAAGCAUUCAGUGAAAAGGUUGCGCUUCCCUUUGUUCUUCUAUGUUGCUGAUGCAGUUGGACUGUUUUGGUUGCUUUUUUUUGCUGUUUUUUGA